GUCUUCACAUGUUCUCAGCGAGGUAGCAAGCGCGCGACUCGAGACUCCAAGGAUGAAUUCUGUAAUCUGUGUUCUAGCUGCACUUGCAUGCACAUGCACGGCACUCACCCGUGAAGGCAUCUGGCUGCAGAUGCACUUCGGUGGUGGAGUUAAAGAUGGUGAAAAUAUUCCUCAGCUAGCUACGACCUUAGGGGAGAAGACGCUGGUGGAGCUCGUCACCAAGGCCGGUCUCGCGGACACGUUGUCCAGCACAGCUCCCCCUGCCCCCUUCACCGUAUUCGGGCCGACGGAUGCCGCCUUCGACGCUCUGCCUCAACCAAUCAAAGACCUGCUGAACAACGUGACCAUUCUCAAGGACGUUCUGCUUUACCACGUGCUGUCGGGGGAGGUCUACUCCACACAGCUGACCAAUGAGCUUGUCGCCAAGUCCCUCUCCAACGGACUCCCCAUCAGGAUCAACAUUUACCAGGACGGGAAGGUAGUGACAGCGCAGGGCUCCCCAAUCGUCCUCGUCAAUCAGAACGCUACCAACGGCGUCAUCCACGGCCUGAGUCGCGUCAUGCUGCCCCCAGCGGGAACCGUCGUAGAUGUGGUCUCUAGCGUCCCUGGCUUCAACGAUCUGAAAACCGCCGUCAUUGCUGCUAAGCUGCUCAAUGUGUUGGCUGGUGAUGGCCCCUUCACCGUGUUCGCCCCGACUGACGCGGCCUUCGCUAAACUCCCGCCAGGAACCUUGGACAACCUCCUGAAGAACAUCACCCAACUCACCAGUGUGCUUGAAUACCACGUCGUGAGCGGCACCUUCUACAGCGCCGGACUGACCAACAACAUGAAGGUGACGACCCUCAACAAACAGGACUUCACCGUCAUGGUGUCCAGUGGCGGUGUUAGCAUCAACACCGGCUCUGGCACAGCUAACGUCAUCGCUGCCGAUAUCAGCAUUACCAACGGUGUCAUCCACGUCAUCGACAGUGUACUCAUUCCACCAACGAUGCUUUACCAUUUGCAAAAAUAGACAACGUAUAAAAUUGGAUUAGCACCCACCCUGACCAUAGUGUGAAUGCUUCCUUCCGUACUGAGACUAUUGGCUGGAUGACUGUGCUCCAGUGUAAACCAUGUCGCCAUCGUCCCACGCUCCCACACUCCGGAUAACCAUUGUCGUCAGUAUUCCAUACUUGUGGUCGGUAUUUCAUUGUUGUUCCAAGAGUUGUGAAUGUGUCAGCUAGUAUUGUUCCAACUGUUUUCACCUUUAUAUCGCUGUUGUAUUUACAAUAAAUCAUAUAUAAACCAA